AUUUGUCGGGCGAGAUAUCUGAUCUGCGCUUACAUACCUACACACCAUGAGCGGGUUCCAAGAUGUGCGCGAUGUGAUGGAGCUGUCUGGACCUACAGACGCCACAGCACGAGUUCCUAUUGCGAAGAAGCAAAAGACAGUGGAGCGACGGCCAGAUGGGAUUACUAGAGAGCUAUUUGCGCUCCUCGGCGAAAACCCACCACCGGUAGCGAUUGUCGAGAGCAAGUUUAAAGAAAAACCACGAUGGAUGGGAAAAGUCAAUCCUUGGGUGUGGAAACCCUUCGAAAACCCCGCCAGAUCUGACGGCUUGGUCCUUCGCCACUGGGAACGAAAGUCCGAACCCUCACAAGACCUCGAGUACCAAUUUGGUAAAUUUAACGUCAAGGUCGACGUGCCUGCGUACACGGACGGCGAGUAUGAAGUUCUCAAAGACCCAGAUUGGACACGGGAGGAGACGGACUACCUUUUUAAUCUUUGUCGGGAAUAUGACUUGCGCUUCGUUAUCAUCUGGGACCGGUACGAGUUCCCCGCAGGGAAGUCCCGUAGCGUGGAGGACAUUAAAGCGCGUUAUUACUCUAUCUGUCGGAACCUAAUGGAACUUCGAACCCCGCUGAAUCAGAUGACACCGGAGGAGACUCAGAUUUUCAAUCUGCUGAAUUUUGAUAAAGAGCGAGAGACUGCAAGGAAGAAUAUGGCGGAAGUGCUGUUCGCGCGAACCCCAGAGCAGGUGAAGGAGGAGGAGAUGUUACUUGUCGAGUUGGGAAGGAUAACAAAGAACCAGGCGAAGAAUCUGGAAGAGCGCAAAGAGCUAUUCAACAGGUUGGAAGUUCCAACAUCCCAGGGCUCUAUCGCAGCAUACACAGGAAGUCAGGGACUCGCCCACCUUCGAGAAAUGAUGGUAAACAGCAACGACAAGAACAAAAAGCGGAAGUCAAUAGCCUUGGGCAGCAACAAUUCCAACAACACCGACGGCCCGCAACAAAGCUUCGCUGUAGCAACCUCGGCCGAAAGGCUGGGCCCAGGUGGGGGCGGGGGCGGCCCCUCGCAAAAAGACACCCCGCAGCCCAAAAAGCAAGUGCGCAAACUCACCCCAGAGGAGGAAUUAGAGUUCGGCGUCACAUACCACGACAAACUCACCUCGGGCGUCAAGUUCCGCUCCGCCAUGGUCACGGCCACGGUCAAAGGCGGGACAGCGCAGAAGGUGCAGGCGGCGCUGGCUCAAUUGGACAUUUCACCAAGAUUGGCAAUGCCCACAACCCGCACCGUGCAGAAGUUCGAGCAGUUACAAACUAGUGUUGGUGUCCUGCUUGAUGCCCGGAAGGCGAACGAUAAGAUCGAUAAUGAGCAAAGGGUUUUGAAGGCGCAGAUCGAGGCUGCAAAAGAGGAUACUUGA